AUGAAGUUCCGGAGGACAUUGAGGUUCCACGGAUUGAAGCGGCCGCGCGUCCGCCAAUCAUGGAACAAAUUCAACCUCUUCAACCUGUCCCGUGCUAGAGUGCCGCAGACUACGGGCAAGACCUUUUUCCAGCAGAAGUGGGCGGCCAAGUCCGUCACCCGUGGCUACCAUGGCGAGCACAUCAAGGAGAACCGCUGGAACCGCAUGUUCAACCGUCGCCUCGAGUCCGUCGUCAACAUGGACCCUCGCUACAUGGCUGAGUACGACGGCGCGGAGCAGGCCGCCGGACGUGGCAGCGGCAGACACAUCCCUCUCCCCCACGAGCGGGCAGAGGCAGGCUACCUGGAGAAGCAGAUCGGUAGCAAUGUCCAGUCAACCACCCAGACACCCUACAUGCAGAUGACCUUCGCGCCCAUGGAGAGGAGAUUGGAUAUUGCUGUCUUCAGAGCUCUGUUUGCUAGCAGUGCAAGGCAGGCGAGGCAAUUCGUUGUCCAUGGGGCUGUCAAGGUCAACGGAAAGAAGAUGAUCUAUCCCGGAUACCUCCUCAACCCAGGAGACAUGUUCCAAGUAGACCCCGACCGGGUUCUGUUCGGCACCGGCGCAAAGAAGGAAGGAACGGAGUCGACGGGUGCCGAAGCGGAGGAAGCGGAGGAGUCAGGCGAGGCCGAAGAAGCCGCGGAGGGUUCAGAAGAGGGCACAGAGGCGGCAGAGUCUGCAGACUCAUCAGAGGUAGCGGUCUCGGACCUCACCGCGGAGGAGAUCAAGGCGCUGCUCGGCCGUGCCAAAACCAUCCUAAACGACUCCUCCGAGAAGCUCAACGUCAAGCGGAAGCGCGCGCUGCGGCAAUUCGUCAAGGAUGCCAAGGACGCACUCAACAAGGCGAAUCGUGCCUCUGCCGCCAGCGAGGUACAACCCGCAAACGUCGUCAAGGACUUGACCGAGCUCCUAUCCGCGCUCUCCGUGUCUCAGGACGCGGCAGAAUCCAAGGAAGAGGUCGACGACAAAGGCCUCACCGCCGCCGAGCGCACACGCUUCGAGGAGCUGCUGGCGCUCGAUGCCGAGAACCCCAUCGACCCUUCUAAGCCCUAUGCCACACCCUGGCGGCCGAGGCCCUACAUGGCGCCUUUCGCCUUCAUCCCGCGCUACCUCGAAGUCAACCAGAACAUCUGCGCCGCCGUCUAUCUGAGGCACCCCGUGGCCCGACCCGGCUCGGCCGAGGUCCCCACCCCUUACCCGAGCGAGGUCAACCAGCUCGCGCACAAUUGGUACCUGAGGAGGCAUUAG